UGUGGCAGAGGUGUAGUCCUGGAGACUGAUAGUCAAUGCUAGACUAAAGUAGACAUCAUCUACUAUCUGAUGGCUGUGAACUGAAUCUGGGGAGGGUAAAAGGAUCUCUAGUCUGGGCCUAGGGUGUUUGGGGGCUAGUCCUACUGCCUCCCACUGUGAUCUUGAGGGAAACAUCCUUCAAGACCCGCAGCAGGACAUGAGUGAACAGGAAAGGGAGACAGAAGAGGAUGAAGGCGUUACCUCAGACACAGCACCCAUGCUACCCCGAAGAAGGUCUGCUGAUUACGAUAUCUCAGUCCCGGCACCUAUCCUGGCCACCCGAGGCCUCAGGACCCUGGUGCUGUCCGGCCAGGCCCUACUUGGGUUCCUGCUUCAUCUGCUGCUACCUGGGACAGUCUUCCUGCUAGUGUUGCUGCCAGCAGCUGCCAUUGUCUACCUGGGAUUCCUGUGCCACUCAAGGGUUCACCCAGCUCCGGGUCCACGAUGCCGAGCGGUGCUCUCAGACCGCGGCUCCGCGGCACUCAUUGUGUUUGGAUUCCUCUCCCUGCCACCACUUCUGGUGCUCGCCUCCGCCGCCCGCUCCCUCCUGGUCCGGCGACUACGCCCUGUACUGUCUACCCCCGCGAGGACCCCCGACCCGCGCUGCCCGCUCAGGAGCAGCGAAAAUCUGGCCGACGACCGUCAGGACAAGGAGAAACAACUUUGUGCUUGGGUCUGACACCUCAGAGGUCUCUCUGUCGAGAACCUCCCAGUUCUCUUCCCUUGAUCCCCGAGAAGUGGAUGGCUGCCUUGGGGCUCUGAGCGCAGUGCUUGAAGUCGCCAGGAGAUGGCAACCGGGUCCUUCAGAAGAGGGAGAAAAGGUGUCCCUCUAAGAGAAGCAUUUGUCCUCCACCCCCUCCGUGGUCAGCAGCCAGCUUUGCCCCCAAACCAUGCAUAAUUCUAGAAGCUCCAUUGGCUAAGUAGCAACCAGACUUCGUGGCUCAUCUUGUGGGCUCAGCUGAGUCCUCCAAGGUCAGCCAUGACCUUGUCCAGGACAAAGAUCAGUUGGGUCCAUGGUCAAACUAUUACCAGAUCAGGUUUGAAAUAGGAUCUGGGAUCAGUGAUUCCGUAUAAGUGCAGGGUCAACGUGUUGU